AUGUUGGCAGCCAUCUUCUUUGCAGCUUUGGUGGCUGUCGGCUCCACGCAAUCGACAGAUAACAAAUUCCCGAAUGGCUUCUUUAUGGGAUGUGCAACGGCUUCCUACCAGAUAGAGGGAGCGUGGAACGAAGAUGGCAAGGGAGAGAAUAUCUGGGACCACAUGUUUCACGAGCAUCCGGAAUACGGAACAAACGGCGACAAUGGGGACGUGGCCUGUGAUUCUUACCACAAGUACAAGGAGGAUGUGCAGAUGCUGAAGGCUCUAAAUGUGGACGUGUACCGCUUCUCUAUCUCCUGGCCUCGCAUCUUGCCGACUGGAGAUGUGGACAUUAUCAACCAGCCGGGCAUCGACUACUACAAUAACCUCAUCAACGAACUCCUCGACAACGGCAUCCAACCCAUGGUGACAAUGUACCACUGGGAUCUGCCACAAGCGCUGCAGUACAUUGGCGGCUGGACCAACGGCCUGAUGGCAGACUACUUCGUGGAGUACGCCAGGGUGCUGUUUGACAAUUUCGGUGACAGGGUGAAGUGGUGGAUCACUUUCAACGAGCCGGAGGCGUUCGUGCGGGGCUACGCGAACGAAGGCUGGGCGCCCUCGCAGCCUGCGCCUGGCAUCGGCGACUACCUGGCGGCGCACACCCUGCUCAAGGCGCACGGGCGCGUCUACCGGCUGUACGACCAGCAGUACAGGGCGGCGCAGAACGGCAGUGUUGGAAUUACAUUGAAUAUCCAAGGAAGCGAGCCGCUUACGAAUUCGACAGAAGACACUGAAGCUGCCGAGAGAUACCAGCAAUUUGAGGCAGGACUCUAUGCUCAUCCCAUCUUCAGUCAAGAGGGCGACUACCCGGCAGUGAUGCGUGAGAGAGUAGAUGCCAACAGUGAGGAGGAGGGCCGACCUCGUUCGAGGUUGCCGAGUUUCACGCAGGAGGAAGUAGAAUACAUCAGAGGAUCAGCCGACUUCUUCGGGCUGAUCACUACAGAACUAAAUCGGCACCUCAUCACCGAAGAUUACAAGUCCUGGAAACGUACAUCACAAUGUCACACGCCCAGGAGGAAAGGGGGUCGAUAUGCAAUACUUAUAAAAUUUUAUUCUUGGGGCUUCCGGAAUUUACUGAACUGGAUUGUGAACGAAUAUCCCGGCUAUCGUAUUAUUGUGACUGAAAACGGAAUCGGAAACACCGGUGGACUAAAUGACACAGAUAGGAUACAAUAUUACACGGAUUAUCUAACAGCUCUCCGGCAAGCCGUGAAUAUUGAUGGAGUGCCAGUAAUUGGUUACACUGCAUGGAGUCUCAUGGACAACCUAGAAUGGACAUCCGGAUUCACGAAGAAAUUCGGAUUGUACGAGGUGGACUUCAACAGUCCAAACCGAACGAGAACUCCGAAGGAUUCGGCGACAUUCAUGGCGGAUAUCUUUCUUAGCAAACAGGUGCCUGAACUGAGCUGA